ACGUCUCUUUCAAUUUCUCCCCGAUCGCUUCUCUCUCUCUGCCGUAACCCCAAGUUCUCGGGAUUCGUCUGAACUUGUCUCCUCAUGUCAGGCCCUCUCGAUUUCGCUAGACCUUGUUUCGAAGGAUGUUCGAGCAAUGAUGAGAGAAGAGAAAGGAGAUCAGACUUCGAAGUUUCAGAGGAUGAGAAGAGAACGAGAAUCGGUACCUUUAAGAAGAAAGCAGCCAAAGCUUCCAGCAAAUUGAGACACUCUCUCAAGAAGAAAGGAAGCAGCGGCAGGAGAAGAAGCACUGAUCGGAACUUCUCUCUUACCAUCGAAGACAUUCAUGACGUCGAGGAACUGCGAGCUGUUGAUGAGUUCAGGAAUAUACUCCUCUCAGAGAAUCUUCUUCCUCCAAAGCUUGACGAUUAUCACAUCAUGUUGAGGUUCCUGAAAGCAAGGAAGUUUGAUGUUGGGAAAACAAAACUGAUGUGGAGUAACAUGAUUCAGUGGAGACAAGAUUUUGGUACAGACACUAUUCUCGAGGAUUUUGAGUUUGAAGAGGUGGAUGAAGUUCUCAGGUACUACCCUCAAGGCUAUCAUGGUGUUGACAAAGAAGGAAGACCUGUUUACAUUGAGAGGUUAGGAAAAGUCGAUCCGGCAAAACUCAUGCAAGUCACAACAUUGGAAAGAUACAUAAGGUAUCAUGUUAAAGAGUUCGAGAAGACUAUUAGUAUCAAGUUUCCAGCUUGCUGCAUUGCUGCUAAGAGACACAUUGACUCUAGCACCACCAUUCUCGACGUUCAAGGCGUGGGGUUAAAGAACUUCUCCAAGCCUGCGAGAGAUCUCAUAGUCCAACUGCAAAAGAUUGAUAACGAUAACUACCCUGAGACACUACAACGCAUGUUCAUCAUCAAUGCUGGUCCUGGUUUUAAGCUACUUUGGGGAUCGGUGAAAUCAUUUCUUGAUCCAAAAACAGUAACAAAGAUCCAUGUUGUUGGUAACAAGUACCAGAACAAAUUACUUGAGAUCAUUGAUGCAAGUCAGCUGCCAGAUUUUCUUGGUGGCACUUGCACAUGUGCUGAUGAAGGUGGUUGUAUGAGAUCUGAUAAAGGUCCCUGGAAAGACCCUGAGAUAUUAAGUAUGGUUCAAAGUGGUGGCACCCUCUGCAGACAUGCAUCUAUUCUAAACAGUGGUUCUCGUAUGGACUCGUGUGAUAAGCCAUCUUUUUCUGGGGUUAGGUUCCAUAAUAACGAGGCCCAAACUCAUAUCUUGAUGGGCCUUAAUACCCCCACGUAUCAUAAAGUUGGUGACACCUCAACAGCGGAAUCAAGCUCUGAGUUAGAAGAGAUGGCUUCUCCAAAAGCAAACAAGGAGAGUCAUGUUCCCAAGUUGACUCCUGUUUGCGAAGAUUUGCAGAUUAGGACCAAUGGUAGAUCAUAUCCUACUGAUUCAUCAGAGUAUGACUCACCAAUGGUGGAUAAAGUUGUGGAUGUUGCUUGGAUGGCCAAUGAGAAGCCAAAGACUCCAGAAGGCCACAAGGAUACACCCGGUUUGGGAAAGUUAGGACCGGUUAGUCAUGUCUUCAGGUGGCUAACCGCAUUGUUUGUAUACUUGUUUACGUUUCUCACAUCUGUGGCGGCUCUGCCACAGAGUAAAGAAAAUUCUCAGUCCGAAUCUUCAGUUGACGAACCAAUCGCUAGAGAGUCUCGUCCUCCUUCACCUGUUUAUUCAACUGUCAGAGAGAGAAACCUCGUUGCUUCUGUUGUGAAUAGACUAGGAGAUCUCGAGAAACAGGUGGAAACACUGCACUCAAAGCGACAUGAGAUGCCUCGUGAGAAAGAAGAGUUGCUUAAUACAGCUGUCUAUCGUGUGGACGCGCUUGAAGCAGAACUCAUUGCUACAAAAAAGGCUUUACAUGAGGCUUUAAUGAGACAGGAUGAUCUUUUGGCUUACAUAGACCGGGAAGAAGAUGAGAAGUACCAUCGGAAAAAGAAGUUGUGCUGGUGAAGAGACAGAGAGAGAGCUUGGAUUACUAGUUUAUGAGAAAUGGUGGUGGUAACUCUGCUUUGUGAGUAUGUUGGUAUGUUUGUAUACACCAUAUGAUAGAACAAUGUUUUACAUACCAAAUUUGAGGUCUCAUAGGCAAAAGAUUUGAUACUUUUGGGGGAAGUUCCGGAAGACUAUGUUCAGUAGAUAUUCAUCGUAUAUCUUUAUUCAUAUCAGAGACCAUUUUCUCUCAUCUCAUGAGUAAUUUGAAUUGAGCAUUAUCAUGCACA